AUGACAGAGGAUUUUGCAUAUGGAGGAAUUCCAGAAGGACAACUUCAAAUUCAAAAAGUUUUUCAAAACUUAAAUACAUUUUUGCAAAGACAUGCAAAGACUAUAUCUGAUUAUGACUUACUGGAAUUGUUGCCAGAAAUUAAUAUUAUAGAAUUGCCACAAACAAUUCUAGAGGAGUUAUCUUAUAGCAUUACCCCAGAGGAACUCGCUAAGUCUAAUACAUUGAAUAGGACUCAGCGCAUAAUAUUUGAUAACGUAAUAGAUCUCAUAAGCAGAAAUGAAAGGGAAGUGUUAUUUGUGGAUGGUCCUGCUGGAAGUAGAAAGACUUAUUUAUAUGAUUGCCUUAUCGCCCAUGUACGAGCCUAUCAAAAAAUUGUAUUAGCAAUAGCCUCUUCUGGCAUCGCUGCAUUACUAUUGCGUGGUGGACACAUGGUACAUUCUCGCUUUAAAAUACCAAUAUCCAUGAUAGAUGGAAAUGCAACCUGCAAUGUCAAGAAAGGAAGUGAUCUUGCCUGA